AUGCUCUCAAUUCCACAACUUCUUGCUUUCCUACCUCUUCUUGGAGUUUUCGCCAGCCCUGCGGAUUCCACACCAAAUACCCACCGUCCUAAAUCCCCGGAGUUCCUUCAGUGGUUGGAGCAGGCCGCGAACUCAACCGACGGAAACCACCUCGCAAAACGCGAAGAUCAAUUUUCCGACAGCCAAGAUGGAGUGAACUCUGCCGGCUUUUACUACUCGCUCUACAACGAUAACGGUGCUGGUGCCAAAUAUACUGAAUACGACGGAAGUGGCCAGUUCCAGGUCACCUGGGAUGUGAGUUCCGAGUUUCUGGGUGGAAAGGGCUACAGAGGCGGUGAUCCUCGAUCUUUGACUUGGGAUGGAUCAUUCAGUGCUGAGGGCGAUUACACCCUAGCAGUGUAUGGCUGGACCACCGACCCUGUCACCGAGUGGUAUGUUGUGGAAUCCCAUGGCACAGGAACUCCAGGCAACGGAAACAUUCUCGGCCAGGUUAAUUCCGAUGGUGGUGUCUACGACGUCUAUAUGAUACCUUAUCGUGACGUUCCUGAAAUCUACGGUGUUACCGAUUUUAACCAGCUGUGGUCGGUCCGCCGAGAGGAUCGGUCUACCGGCACAGUCGACGUUUCAGCCCAUUUUGAUGGUUGGAAGCAGCUUAACCUUGAGCCUGGCAAUCCUGUCUUCCAGAUGGUGACUGCAGAAGGCUUUUCGGGAACCGGCACUCUCGACUUCACGGUUCAGUAA